AUGAAGUUUGGUGGCUGCAUUGGAGCCCUGGUGUUGUUGGCUCUGGUAGUGCCAGAUGCCAGAAGUGCGAACGAUGUUAACGAUACCAGCAUCGAAAUCGAUUGGUCCAAAGUGCGUCCGAUCGAGGAGUUUGACCACUACUGGGCACGUCUUCCACCGGAACUGCAGGUUCUUCGGCAGACGCGCCGCGUAAAUCGACGUGUGACGAAUGGUUUUGCGGCCAUCCCCGGACAGUUUCCAUACCAGGUGGCGUUGCUGCCGGAAUUCCUGGUCGGCACCGGGCUCUGCGGUGGCACCGUACUCACGAACAUCUACAUUCUAACGGCCGCGCACUGUGUGGUGCAGGGUGUUGGUGUGAUCGCUUCCGGCGGUACUGCGAUCAUGGGUGCAUACGAUCGCAGCAUUCCUGAGCCGGAUCAGCAGCGCAUCCGGUUCAGUGCAUCCGGCAUCACGGUACACCCACAGUAUACGGCCUUAACCCUUCGUAACGACAUUGCGACCAUACUGUUGAACGCCCCGAUGCGCUACACCGCCCGAGUACAGGCGAUACGGUUGCCUACCCUCUCCGAUACGCGCACGUUCGCCGGUCUGCUCGGUACGGUGUCUGGAUUCGGGCGCACGUCUGACAGCAGCCUCCUCCCGUCCAACUUCGUUCAGUACGCGUCGAACCCGAUCAUCACGAACAGCGAGUGCCUGACGUACUGGACACCGGUCUAUCUGGGCCCGGAGAACAUCUGCUUGAGCAGUGCGAGCGGACGAUCACCUUGCUCUGGUGACUCCGGGGGACCUCUUACCGUCAACUCCGCGCUAGGGCCGCUCCAGGUUGGGCUAGUGUCGUUCGGGGACAGUGGCGGGUGCACGGUGGGAAUUCCGUCCGUACACGCACGCAUUACGUACUUUUUGCAGUGGAUUCUGAAUAACUCCGACUAUUAA